CCCAACAACGCACCUUUCCCUCCCAAGGCCAAGAAAUCUCCAAGCCCUAGGACAUUCCCCGCCAUGGCGCCUCGCCGCCGCCGCGACAAACCACAGCGCUCCUCCCCUCCUCCGCCUCCUCCCAUGCCGCCCGGACGCCGCCGCCGCGACUACGAACCAGAGCGCAACUCCCCUCCUCGCGUGUCGUCCGAACGCAACCGCGGCGACCGCCGCGACCAGCGAUACUCUUGGUUCCCCUAUCCUCUUCCCAACGGCGAUGAAAUUCUUGUCUACAAAGAUAAGGAUGGGGUUCUCUUCACCGACCAUGGCGGGCCGACACGACCCGUCGAAGAUGUCAUCAGGGAAUUCCGCUCCGACCACAGCCGCGACCCUCCACCGCCGACUGUUGAUGAAUCUGACUCCAAACGCCCCGAGGAAGAUCAACAAAAGGCCACUCCCAGCCCUGGACCAUCCCCAGCGCAAUACACCAAGGAAUAUCAACAAGCGGCCACUCCAGACCCUGCACCAUCCCCAUCGCAAUACAUCCAGGAAGAUUCGCCUGCACCUCAGCAAACGCCCACUCCAAACCCUGGACCCUCCCCAGCACAAUUCUGGGCUGGUCUGCUGGACAAAGCUUUUGCUGAACACAAGCUGGAGAUGGCUCAAAGGCGCAAGGAGUUGCUUGAGGCUACAAAAUUGGAGGAAUCGUCAAUCACUAAUGCUUCCUCUUCCUCUUCUUCUCUGUCGCAGUCUCCUUUGAGCAAGGAGUUGCUUGACACUACAAAAGUGCCGGACUCAUCCAUCACUGAUGCAUCUUCCAUCUCUCUGCCACAGCCUACACCGCUCUUGAAGGAGUUGUUUGACACUAUAACACUGGACAAAUCGUGCAUCACUAGCGUUUCUCCUUCUCUGCUGCAAUCUCUAUUGUCUGGGGUGCCAGAUCCCUUGGCAUUGAAGCUUGACAAGGCUCUCAUGUCGUCUUCAUUUGUUUCUUCCUUGGUGCCCACUGGUCUUUUUAUAAAAUAUUUUGUCAGAGUUGACAAGGAGGGGUUUUUCCAUACAUAUCCUGACCGUGGAGGGCCAUUUAAGACCUUAGAGAAAGCCCAGGAAGCUAUUGAUUCACAUCACGUUGUUCAGCGAGAAAUGAUGUGUAUGGAUGGCCUUUCUGAUGAGGAGAGGGCCAUACGGAACACUCUAUACUGGUAUCAUGAUGGCACAAGGAAGCACUCAGCAGAAGCCUUUGCUUCCUGUACGACCCGUAACUCAACAUGGGAAUUGCUUAAAGCUUUACUAGACAUACACAACGAGGACAAUGAUCUUCUGGGGGAUCGUGCAUAUGAACUAAAAGAUAUUGUGAGUGACAAUUCAUGUUUUGAUGGGAAAGACUGCAUUUAUAGCUCUUAUUCUCAUUUCAAUCUGACCAUGAAGACUAAAGGAGCUGAUCCCAACAACGAUAUAUAUUUUGCUGAAGUCACGUGUAUGAGUGGCGAUUAUGAAGCAUAUGUGCUCACCUGUUUCUGCAUGGUUAAACCUGACCACAAUGGUGAAUGCGCUGUGUGUGAAGUUGAAAUGGAAGACAUUAAGCACCCUACUGAUGAUGUAUACAAUCAUGGUCGCCGCAACAAGUUUCAUGUUUAUAGAUCACGCUGUCAUUCUCGUGCACAUGGAAUUGAUUUAUUUGAGCAGCUAUUUGCCGUGCGUGAUGAGGCUUGGCUGGUAGAAGAGGAGGCUAGGGUGAGAUGCAUGAUUAAGGAAGGGAAGGAUGCUAGGAGCAGCAAGUUGGAGGUGGACAACAUAGGGGAUGACAUGAUUAAGGAAGGGAAGGAGGCUAGGCGCAUCAAAUUAGAGGUGGACAACAGAAGGGAUGACCAUGCAAAGAGGGAUAAGUAUGUCGUACCGGCUCGACGAAAAUCGGUUGAAUGCCAUCUAUCCAGAGUCUGUAUCUAACGGCCGGUCAACUAAUGUUCUUGAUUGGCGCAGUUGGCAUGGAAUGGUGCCUUUAUAUGUGUCCCUAGGAGAGUACUGACCUGAAGCUGCAAUCUAAUGUCAUCUAUCCAGAGUCUGUAUUUGACAGAGCAUUUAUAUGGACGUGAUUGGUAGGUCGUAGGACCUUGAAACAGGCCACGGGGAGCAAAUUUUGGCCUGUUUGGUUGCUCACGACACCCCUGCGUAGCAGUCAACGGGGAAAACCUAUUUAUCGCUUA